AUGUCUUCCAACACGUCGACUUCCCUACAGAACGCUCUCGAAUCCUCCACAUGCGAGUACCGACGGCUCGGAACCAGCGGUCUCACCGUCUCAGUCCCCAUUUUUGGAUGUAUGAGCCUGGGAGAUUCCAAGUCCAUGCCGUGGACAAUUAGCGAAGAUGAAGCACUUCCGCUCCUCAAAGCCGCCUACGACUCGGGUCUCAACACCUGGGAUACAGCAAAUGCUUACUCGAACGGGGUCUCCGAGAUUCUUGUUGGCAAAGCCCUAAAGAAGUAUAACAUCCCGCGAGAGAAAGUCGUCAUCUUGACGAAAUGUUUCUGGGGUGUUUCGGAAGAGCCUGAAACCCUCCAUUGGUCAACCCGGAAACCAUUCGAAGCAUCCAAAGACUACCAGAAUCAAUUCGGUUUAUCCAGGACCGCAAUCAUCAACCAAGUCAACGCCUCACUCAAACGACUAGACACAGACUACAUCGACCUGUUACAAAUCCACCGAUUUGAUUCCACGACUCCCAUCGAGGAGACCAUGAAAGCCCUGCAUGAUCUUGUCCAAUGGGGUAAAGUCCGCUACAUCGGAGCGAGCAGCAUGUGGGCUACGCAAUUCGCCCGCAUGCAGUUCUGUGCUGAGAAGAACGGGUGGACCAAGUUUAUCAGCAUGCAGAAUCAAUACAGUCUUCUCUAUCGCGAGGAAGAGAGGGAGAUGAAUCGGUUUUGUAAUGAUACGGGAGUGGGGUUGAUUCCUUGGGCGCCGUUGAAUCGGGGGAAUUUGGCGAGAGCGCCGGAGAGUUUUGGGUCGACUGUCAGAAGUGGGGAGGAGAAGGAGAGUAAGGUUGAGUUGCAGGAGGCUGAUGUGGCGAUUAUUAACAGAGUUAUGGAGGUCGCUGAAAAGAGGGAUUGGCCGAUGGCGCAUGUUGCGUUGGCGUGGAUUAACAAGCGUGUUACGAGUCCGAUUAUUGGGUUUAGUAGCGUGGAGAGAUUGGAUCAGGCGAUUGCUGUUCGGGGUAAGGUGUUGACGGAUCAGGAGGAGAGGUAUCUGGAGGAGCUGUAUAGGCCGAAAAAUGUUCUUGUUGCGGAGACUCUUUAG